GUGCCACUGCGCCGCGGCCGCGCGCUUAAGAUCAAUCACCUCUCCAUCCGUAGAGCCGAUCGAAGCAAGCGAGGCACCCGUGUUCGCUUCGCCGAGGAGAAGCGGAGCGGGAGAGGCGGGCGGGGCGGGCGAGCCGGAGGGGCGGCGUAGCGCGCGGCGGCGGGGGCGGAGAUGACGGACGGCCACCUCUUCAACAACAUUCUCCUCGGGGGCCGCACCGGCACGAAUCUUGGUCAGUUUAAAGUGCACUCUGGAGGGCUCGCAUGGAAGAGACAAGGUGGAGGAAAGACAAUUGAGAUCGAUAAAGCUGAUUUAACUUCUGUGACAUGGAUGAAAGUCCCCAGGGCAUAUCAGCUUGGAGUCAGAAUCAAAGAUGGCCUGUCCUACACAUUUAUUGGCUUCCGCGAACAGGAUGUAAGCAGCCUGAUCAAUUUCAUGCAAAAGAAUUUGGGCAUCUCACCAGAUGAAAAGCAGUUAUCUGUUGGUGGUCACAACUGGGGAGGGAUUGGCAUAGUUGGAAGCAUGCUUACCUUUAUGGUUGAAUCGAAGCAAGCAUUUGAAGUUUCUCUAGCAGACGUCUCACAGACCCAGAUGCAAGGCAAAACAGAUGUUCGCUUGGAGUUCCAUGUUGAUGAUACUACUGGUGCUAAUGAGAAAGAUUCGCUCAUGGAUAUGAGUUUUCAUGUACCCACGUCAAAUACUCAAUUUCCUGGAAACGAGAAUCGUACUUCGGCUCAGAUACUGUGGGAGGCAAUACUUGCUAGGGCUGAUAAUGGUUCCGGCUCUUCUGGAGAGGCAGUUGUCACCUUUGAAGGAAUAGCUAUUCUUACACCAAGAGGACGAUACGCCGUUGAGCUUCAUCUUCCAUUUCUGCGCCUUCAAGGACAAGCUAAUGAUUUUAAAAUCCAAUAUAGCAGCAUUCUUCGCCUCUUUGUUUUGCCAAAGUCAAAUAACCCUCAUACAAUUGUGGUUGUCACUCUUGAUCCGCCAAUCCGUAAAGGACAAACACUAUAUCCUCACAUUGUCAUUCAGUUUGAGACGGACACAGUAGUUCAAAAAAAUAUGAAAUUAAGCAGAGAGUUGCUUGAUGAAAAAUACAAGGAUAGGCUAGUGGAAUCUUAUCAGGGUCUAGUACAUGAGGUAUUCGUCAAAGUCCUCCGCGGUCUUUCUGGUGCUAAAGUCACAAGGCCGGGUUCUUUCAGAAAUUACAAAAAUGGAUAUGCAGUUAAAUCAUCACUCAAAGCUGAAGAUGGACUGUUGUAUCCACUUGAAAAGGGUUUCUUCUUUCUGCCAAAGCCCCCUACACUCAUUUUAGAUGAAGAGAUUGAGUUUGUUGAAUUUGAACGGCAUGGUGCUGGUGGCGCCAGUAUGUCAUCUCAGUAUUUUGACCUCCUGGUCAAGCUAAAAAAUGACCAAGAGCAUCUCUUCAGAAAUAUUCAGAGGAGUGAAUACCGUAACCUCUUCAACUUUAUCAAUGGAAAGGGCUUGAAACUAAUGAACCUUGGAGAUGGUCAAGGUACAAGUGGUGUCACAGAUGUUCUACAGGACACUGAUGAUGUUGCUCCUGAUCCACAUCUAGAGAGAAUAAAAAAUCAGGCCGAGAGUAGUGAGGACAGUGAUGAAGAGGAUGAAGAUUUUGUUCUGCAUAAGGAUGAUGGUGGAUCUCCUACUGAUGAUUCUGGUGGCGAGGAAUCAGAUGCUAGUAAAAGUGGUGGCGAAAAACAGAAGUCAUCCAAAAAGGAAGCCCGUAGUUCAAAGCCACCUGUGAAAAGGAAGCCUAAGGGCAAGGAUGGCGAAGGUUCAGGGAAAAGGAAGCCUAAGGGCAUGGAUGGCGAAGGUUCAGAGAAGAGGAAACCAAAGAAGAAGAAAGAUCCCAACGCCCCCAAAAGACCAAUGAUGCCAUUCAUGUAUUUCUCAAUGGCUGAGCGGGCAGGUGUGAAGGAUAGCAAUCCAGAUUUGGCUCCAACCGAUAUUGCAAAGAAGCUUGGAGAGAUUUGGCAAAAGAUGUCAACCGAAGACAAGCAACCUUACAUUCUGCAGUCUCAAGCCGACAAGAAGCGGUACGAGAAGGAAUCUGCUGCCUACCGCGCUGCUGCCCCAGUGGACGUGGACGCCGGGUCCGGCAAUGCCUCUGACUAGAAGACUCUCACACUUGUGCACUCAGCAGUCGACACAAUCGAGGAAUCUGUAAAUCACUGUAGGGCAGUUUGAACAAGAAGAACGAGCAUCUGUAGAUCGCCAUAGUGCAGUUUGAACAAGAACAGACAUGCUAACAUGAACCUGCAUACCGUGAAGGGGCUACUUCUUUCUUUUGAGAGGAAGAGGGAGGCUCUACUUAUGGGUCUUCGUGAACGCGUUUUUUUUUUUUUGAGACAAAGUGAACGCGUUCGGUGAUAACCUACCUUUGGUCAUGGGCUCGGGGAUCUUGUCCACUCGUUGGGUAAACCUUGGGCCAUGUAUUAUACUCCGUAGAAUGAAAUGAAAUAAAACAAAUAUGGCAUUGGUCAA